AUGGCCGACGAGAACUACGAAGACGACAUCUUUGACGAUCUCUACGAUGAUGAGCCUGCGUCCAAGUCUGCAGCAGCCACACCUCCGAUCAAGACCGAGCCAGAGCCCGCUGCGGCCGAGCCCACGAACGCGCCGCCCCAGGACUCGACACAGAACAACGGUGAAGAUGCUGCACCCUCCUGGCCAGCUCAAGACGCGCCAAAUCAGGAUACACAGAUGGAGCAGUCCAACUUCAACACGGGAGCUGUUCAGUCUUACGAGAAUGCGCCCAUGGAAGAUGACAACUAUGGGCCUAUCAACGUGAAAGAAGACGGGCGCAUCACAAGGUAA